AAAAUGGUUUGAAAAUGAUUUCAAUUGAUGGCUUUUACCCUGUCUCUCUUUAAUCUUUUGGGUAAAGGAGCCUAAAAAAAGAGGUCAAAAUGCAAUGCUCUUCACUCACAACUCACAACUCACAAGCAUUCGUUCACCAUUCACCAUUCACAAAUCUUCACCACCUCACCUCAACGCACACACUCCAUGGCCGCCAACAAAACACGAAUGACUAAACAACGUCAAACAACAACAACAUCAUCUUCAAUAACCAAACAAAUGGCUUAUAUUUAACCCACCCACCUCGCUUUUCGUGCACCGUUUCUACUUUUCAUAAAACCCCACUUCCUCUUCUCUCUCUCUCCAACCAAAGCUCGAAGCUUUUCGCCAUUUCAGAUCUGGGUCGCACCAUUUCUCGGACAUGGGAAGCAAGUGGAAGAAGGCCAAGGUCGCGCUCGGCCUCAAUCUCUGCAUGUUCGUUCCCAGAACCUUAGACGACGAUUCGCCGCCGCACACGGUGAUUUCCGAGCGCUUCUCCGACGCCGCUCUGCUCUCGCCGGCCAACUGGGACACCGCCUCUUCCCGGCCAACCACGCCGGCGACAUCUUUUCACGGUUUGAAGCUCUCCAAAAGUAGCAGCAAGUCUUCAAAGCAAACCUGCGCAAUAUGCUUAACCAAAAUGAAGCAAGGAUCUGGCCAUGCUAUAUUCACUGCAGAGUGUUCGCAUUCCUUCCAUUUCCACUGUAUUGCUUCAAAUGUGAAACAUGGAAACCAGAUAUGUCCAGUGUGCAGAGCAAAGUGGAAGGAAAUACCUUUAUCAGGCCCAAGCUUGGAUCCUAUCCCCGGCAGAGUUUCACCAAGUCCAAUAAAUUGGCCUCAAAAUGAUGCUUUGAUGGCAGUUGUCCACCGCCUACCUCUACCUAAUCCUCACCGAGAUUUGAAUAGGAGGCAUGUUGUGCCACUUUAUCAGGCUUCUGAACCAGGCAUAUUCGAUGAUGAUGAAUCCUUAAAUCAUCAACAUGCAUUCUCUGAGAGAAGCCCUUGCAAUAAGAAUACUGAAGAUACUGAAGCUGUUAGAGCAAUGGAGGUUAAAAUGUACCCAGAGGUAUCUUCUGCUCCAGGAUCCAAGGCUUAUUCUAACUUCACGGUUUUGGUUCAUCUCAAAGCUACUGCUGCCGCAGCAGCUGCAGCCAAAAGACAAAGCCUUAGUAGAAACCAGGCUAAUUUGGCACAGAUUUCUCAGACACCGCGUGCCCCUGUCGACUUGGUCACAGUGCUUGAUGUCAGUGGUAGCAUGGCUGGAACUAAGCUUGCACUCCUAAAAAGAGCAAUGGGAUUUGUCAUACAGAACCUCGGCUCUAAUGACCGGCUAUCUGUUAUUGCCUUUUCUUCCACAGCUCGCCGCCUCUUUCCCCUGUGCAGAAUGACUGAUUCUGGGCGGCAGCAGGCAUUACAAGCUGUUAAUUCUUUGGUUGCAAAUGGUGGUACCAAUAUCGCUGAAGGGCUGAGAAAAGGUGCCAAGAUAAUGGAAGAUCGAAAGGAAAAGAAUCCAGUCGCCAGUAUUAUACUGUUGUCCGAUGGUCAAGAUAAUUACACUGUCAAUGGCAAUGGAACCAACCAUACUCGAUCAAAUUACCAGUUUCUUCUGCCCACUUCCAUCAGUGGUGGUGAUAAUUCAGCAUUUCUAAUUCCAGUGCACGCUUUUGGAUUUGGUGCAGAUCAUGAUGCUUCACUAAUGCACUCAAUUUCCGAGACUUCUGGUGGCACAUUUUCUUUUAUUGAGACUGAAGCCGUGUUGCAGGAUGCGUUUGCACAAUGCAUUGGAGGACUUCUAAGUGUUGUUAUUCAGGAGCUGCAAGUAGGAAUUGAUUGUAUACACCCAAACCUCAGUCUUGUUUCACUAAAAGCAGGAAGUUACCCUAGCCGUUUCUUGGCUGAUGGACGCAAAGGAUUGAUUGAUGUUGGAGACCUGUAUGCUGACGAGGAGAGGGAUUUUCUAGUUUCGGUUAAUGUCCCGGCUACAUCUGGCAAUGAAACUUCAUUGAUAAAGGUCAAAUGUGUGUACAAGGAUCCCUUAACUCAGGAAACAGCAACAUUGGAAAGUGAGGAAGUUAAGAUUGACCGGACCGAAUUUGCUGGGCAGGCUGUAAUGUCACUUGAAGUGGACAGGCAGCGCAACAGGCUCCAAGCAGCCGAGGCAAUGGCCCAGGCACGGGUUGCAGCUGAACAGGGAGACCUAAGUGGAGCAGUAUUUAUCCUUGAAAACUGCAGAAAGAUGCUUUCAGAGACUGUUUCGGCCAAAUCUCAUGACCGCCUUUGUGUUGCGUUGGAUGCUGAACUCAAGGAAAUGCAAGAGCGGUUGGCGAGUAGACAUGUGUAUGAAGCAUCUGGGAGAGCAUAUAUACUUUCUGGAUUGAGUUCACAUUCAUGGCAAAGAGCAACAGCAAGGGGUGAUUCCACUGACAGGUCUAGUCUUGUUCAGGCGUAUCAGACACCAUCGAUGGCCGAGAUGCUUACUCGAUCUCAAGCCAUGUUGCUAGGUAGUCCAUCAGGGCAGAGGCUUCUCCAACCACUGUUGUCAUACAGAUCACAACCAAGCCCAAGGUGAUCCAACAAGGAUUUUGUGAAAACCAUCUUCAAGUUAAGCCUUUCCGCUGAUUUUGCCUUUUUGGCUUAUAAAAUAUUGUGGGGGAGGGUGGUAAACGGGAGUCAUAAACAGAAGAUUUCUUUGAGCUGUGAUUUUGCUGUUCAAUGUAUGUAAAAAUGAAUAAAAGUUGAGGAAAGGGUGGAGGGUUACUUAAAACCGAUGGAGAAAAGGGCGGUAGAUAGGAAUUUACUACAUUAUGUUUCUUCUAUUUUGGGGGGUUAAGGUUUUUCUUUUGGCUUCGCUUUUCUUUCCUCUAAUUAUGUCGUUUUUGGGGGGUGGUGUACAUACAGAAGAAUGGCUUCUUUUUUUUCUGGGACACCUGGGUAUAAAGUUUGUAGCUGUGCAAGUGGUUGAGAUGAUAAUCUCAUCAAUAUAAUAUAUAUGUUUUCAAUUCUUUCAGAA